AUGGAAGAAGACGGUUUUCUUGAUUGUCUGAAUGAAAACCACCUUUUCGCAUUGCACUACGUAUUUAUUCCAAGAAUACAAAAGUCUCUUGAUGAGUUCAAGUGCCAAUGGAAUGGCCACCCAGUCAGUACAGCUGAGAACCUUAGUCCUGAACAACUUUUCGUCAGAGAGACAAUGUCAAAUUGUAACCAGAAUAUACUGGAAGGAGUGAAUGACAAUAACGAGUUUGAUGCGUUCGGUUCGGGCAUAGAUUUAGAUACAGAUGCAACUCUCCCAAUCAAUGAUGAUGACUAUGAUGUUUCUGUACCACACAUUAAUGUCAAUGAAGAGCUAUCUAUCGUGCUACAGGAAAAUAUAAACCCCCUAAGUGAUGAUGGACAUCAUGGUGUAAAUUUGUUUAGGGCAUGUGUGAAGCUAUUAAGCGAGAAUACAACAGGUUAA